AUGGCUGCUUCUUCAAGCCUUCUAGGGGUCUUCGCCAAGGAGACCCGUUAUCGGCCUACCUACUUUAUCUUAGUGAACGGGAAGAAUGGCCGCUUCUUUAUCUUAGUUAAUGAUGCUCUCUCUCACCUCAUAUCUUUAGAGUGUGCUAGUGGCAGACUCAAUGGCAUCAGAUUAUGCAAUGGCGGCCCCACUCUUUCUCACCUGCUAUUCGCAGAUGAUACCCUUCUUUUCACCAAAGCCUCUCUUGAGAAUUGCAGUAGAUUGUCCCACAUUUUGGAUGCCUACUAUGCAGCUUCUGUGCUAAAUAUUAAGGAGGUGGACAAUCCGGGGAAGUAUUUGGGUUUGCCAUCGAUCUGGAGCAGCUCAAAAAAGGAGGCCCUUGGUUAUAUAAAAGAGCAUAUUUUGAAGCUCAUUCACGGGUGGAGCAACAAAGAGCUCUCUCUUGCGGGGAAGGAAGUGUUAUUAAAGGCUGUCGCCACAGCGAUCUCGGCUUACCCAAUGACUUGUUUCCUAUUACCAAUUACUCUAUGCAACGAGAUCAAUAUGGUCAUGGCUUCCUUUUGGUGGGGUGAUAAUGUCUCUGGAAGAAAGGUUCCUUGGAAGAAGUGGGCAAGUUUGGGAGAGGUGAAAAAUUGUGGUGGACUUGGGUUUUGA